UCCGUAUUACUAUUACCCCCAAACAUCGCCUUGCUGACACACUGUCCGACACACACCACCAAAACGCACUCUCUCUCUGAGCGCGAGAGAGAGAGGCCCUUUUUCCCGUACCGAGAGACGUUGGGAAAAGAACGUUGCAAGAGUGGUACAAAUUCCUCGGCACAAUUUGAAUCAGCGUAGAGAAGAAUAGGUGCUUCAGCCCUUCAAGAGAGUGGGAGUAAACUGUCUUUCUCAUACGGAAUACACACACACUGACUGGGAGAGCAAAUGGGAAGUGGCUUUGUGCUCCUCUUUGCAAGUUUUCAGCUACUAAUGCUUCUUGGCAUCUGCGAAGGUGGCAAAAUUGGAGUAUGCUAUGGAAGAAACGCGGAUGAUCUACCCACCCCAGAUAAAGCAGUGCAGCUGAUCCAACUUCACAACAUUAAAUACAUACGGAUAUAUGAUUCCAAUAUACAGGUUCUCAAGGCAUUUGCAAAUACAGGAAUUGAACUCAUGAUUGGGAUUCCCAACUCAGACUUGUUGGCGUUCUCUCAAUUCCAAACAAAUGCUGAUACGUGGUUAAAGAAUAGCAUUCUUCCAUACUAUCCAGCGACAAAAAUCACUUACAUAACUGUUGGUGCUGAAGUAACCGAAGCUCCCAACAAUGUCUCUGCGAUGGUAGUUCCUGCAAUGCAAAAUGUCUUGACAUCUCUGAAAAAAGCUGGUCUUCAUAGGAAGAUUAAAGUCUCUAGUACCCAUUCCUUGGGAGUUCUGUCCCGGUCAUUCCCACCUUCUGCCGGAGCUUUCAACAGUAAAUAUGCUUUCUUUCUGAGAUCGAUGUUGGAAUUCCUUGCCGAGAAUCAGUCACCAUUUAUGGUUAACAUAUACCCUUAUUAUGCAUAUAGGGAUUCUUCAAGCAACGUGUCGCUAGAUUAUGCUCUGUUCGAGUCAUCUUCUGAAGUUAUUGAUCCAAAUACUGGUUUGCUAUAUACAAAUAUGUUUGAUGCUCAGAUUGAUGCGAUUAAUUUCGCACUCACGGCUUUGAAUUUCAGAACUAUUGAGAUUAUGGUUACCGAGACGGGAUGGCCUUCCAAAGGAUCCCCAAAGGAGACUGGUGCAACUCCCGAUAACGCACAAACUUAUAAUACGAAUCUGAUCCGUCAUGUCAUCAAUGACACGGGUACUCCGGCGAAGCCAGGAGAGGAAAUAGAUGUGUACCUCUUCUCAUUAUUUAAUGAGAAUCGGAAGCCUGGUUUGGAAUCCGAGAGGAACUGGGGUCUAUUUUUUCCUGAUCAGACAAGUGUUUACAACCUUGAUUUCACUGGAAAGGGUGUAGUGGACAUGACUAUGAAUGCAACAAACAUCACAGGUUCGAAUGGGACAACAUGGUGCAUUGCGUCACCCACUGCUUCUGAUGCUGAUCUUAAAAAUGGUCUAGAUUGGGCCUGCAGUUCCGGAAAUGUCGAUUGUUCUGCUAUUCAGCCAAGCCAGCCUUGCUUUGAGCCUGAUAACCUGGCAUCUCACGCAUCUUAUGCAUUCAACAGUUACUACCAGCAGAAUGGAGCUACAGAUAUUGCCUGCAGUUUUGGAGGAGCAGGGGUCAGAACAAACAAGAAUCCAAGCUAUGACAGCUGCUUGUACGUGAUGUCCGGAACCAACAAAACAGCCACGGCUAAUGCAACGGCCACUCCUUCAAAAUCUUCAUCAUCUGUCGAAGCAGUCUCCAUGCUCGUUCUGGGUAGCUUGCUGACAGCCUCAUUUGCAUUCAUGUAAUAUUUGAGCUACUGGAAAAGAUUCUCUCUGGUGGAUGAGCAUGCAGACUAUAUUGACAAGCAUGAAAAAGCACUUUGGAAAUAGAAAUUUGCAUAUGCAAAUUGUUCUUAUUGUAUAGCUAUCAAGCCCCCCAGUUUUUGACCAAAAAACCAAAAGUCAUGUAUGAUAGCUCUAGCUCUAGGUUCUUUUGUAGAAUGAGAGCAUGCAGAGACAAAACUGUAUGCUUGAGAAACUAAAGUUUAUUAAUUGCAAUGAGAAAAAUGUAUGCUUGAGAAAUUAAAUAUAUGACAAACCUGUGUGUA